CAACUUCACACACCCGCACAUUUCUCUGCGACCUGUUAUCUGAGUUGUGAGUAAAAGAGAGUCAUAAUAAGCGGAUCAACUCCUGAGAAGCUAGAGAAGGAGUAUGCCGGAGUGUUGUAACUAGAAUAGCCGGACUGGUUCUCUAUGCCGGAUGAUGCAAGAUUGUUGGGGACUGCCCUGACUCCAGAUGGCCGGCUAUUUACGAACAAGACAGAAUGAAAACUCAGUGCGCCGGAGAAACCUGAUGACAGCAACCCCGACCGCCGGAGAAGAAGAGCCUUUCGCCAUGCCGCCAAUCGCCUGAGGGUCUGCCGCCGUGUAUUGCCGGAGGGGGAAAACCGUCUGGGCUAGCUUCCGUCACCGAGGAGAGUGCCGCCGAUCUCCCUGCGUCGCCAGAACUGUUUUACGAAGAAGACGGCGACUCCCUGCAUAGAAGGUGAUUUUUGUGAAGAUUGAGGUAGAAGCUUCGUUUAGGAUUUACCGCAAUUUGAGGAAUUGAGGAUCAUAUUGAAGUUGAUUUCGAGAGCUUCCGCUAGAACACAUAGACUAAAGUGAUCGAACAAUGAAGUCAACAAGAAACAAAGUAGAAGACAAUGUCGUCGCACCAACAAAUGCGGAGUUGGCUCAAAAUAUGGUUCAAUUCAUCCAGACCAUCGGGAGUGUGCUAAUUCAGAACCAACACCAACAACGUCUCAAAAACCGCAAUGAUGUAGCGAAACUUGUAGCGAAGCGCAAUCCACCGUGUUAUCUAGGCCAAGAAGAUCCUCUCAUCCUUGAAGAUUGGAUUCGCACUUUCGACAAACUUUUCGACGCUAUAAACUGCCCUGCAGAUCAACGAAUUAAUACGGCUGCGUACUAUCUACGUCAAGAGGCGGACAAUUGGUGGGCCACGACUGCCCCAACGUUGCGUCAACAACCUAACUUUUCUUGGGAGACGUUCAAGGAGGCAAUGCGAAAAAGAUUCUGCCCAGAGCACGUGAGAGCUGAGAAGUAUGAAGAAUUUUUACACCUGAAGCAAAUAGGCAUGACUGUCCAAGAGUAUCACGCUAAAUUCUUGAAUCUCGCACGAUUUGCACCCACGCUAGUUUCCGAUGAAAUCGAGAAAACUAACAAGUUUAUACGUGGUCUAAACUUUGAGACACAAAAAGCUCUUUGUGUUUCAGAAUGCCAAACGUUGAACGAUGCCUACAACAAAGCUGGCAAACACUAUCGAGUGCAACAACUCCAGGAGAAAACACUCAAGAGAGAAAGGAAGGGCACCGAAGAAGAAAACAGACAGGGAGGCAAACGGCACACGCUAGAUAAUGCAGGGGAGACCCGAAACGGGAACAAGAUCAACAACCAAGGCCAAGGCCAGAAGCGUAAGAAGAAGAACUCAACUAAAGACAUGCACUUCUACUGCUCGAAAUGUGGAAAAGAUCACCCCGGGAAAUACUGUGACGGAACACUCGUACGAUGUUUUCAUUGUGACAAGCUUGGACAUAGGGUGUUCGAGUGUCAUUCAAGGAAGAAGGGAAUCCCUCCAACUCGUGGACUCAAUCAUCAUGGAAAGAAUGCAAAACACAAUGGAAGAAUCCGAAAAUAGUAGGCAAAAUCAUAUAAAAUUUCUAAUUUUCAAUAUUAAUACAUAUGUUUGAUGAUUGUGUUUCAAUUUGAUCUUGAAUGAAUAAUCUAUUCUCUUAAGUAAAUUAAGUGCUUCGGGGACGAAGCACUCUUUUAAGGAGGGUAGAAUGUGACACUCCUUAAAUUUAAAAAAAAAACAAAUUUAAUAUUAACUAAGAUGUAAUAUCUGCUAAUUGUACAUGUGGAUAUUUUCUUAACUUAUGCUUCGGGACGAAGCAUCUUUUAAGGUGGGUAGAAUGUGACACCCCGGAAAAUUUAAUAAAAAGAUUUAAUAUUAACUAAACAUGUGAUACCACACAAUUGUAGUUGGGAUAUUUUUCUUAGCUUAUGCUUCGGGACGAAGCAUCUUUUAAGGAGAGUAGACUGUGACAACCCGAAAAUUUAAAAAAAUAAAUAAAUUUAUUAGUCAGAUAAAAUGUUACGAAAGUCAAUAAAAAUGUUUCAAUAAUAAAAGUGACAUUUUUAUAAUAGAUGUGUUGACUAGGUAGGACUUUGACUUAAAACAUUAAAGUGACAUUUUAAAAAAAAUUAUUUUAAAAGUAUCGGUUAUAUAAAGUAUACACUAAAAACCAAUUUUAUCGAUAAUAAUAACAAUUAUAGAAGUGUUGACCUUCCCAACCUAAAAUGUUCACACGUAUUAAUAAAUCCAAGCAUGCAGUAUAGUUUCACUACAUAAACAUGUACACAUUUAUAUUUUCAAAAGUCACAAAGCAUAAACCAUGCGGCCAUGCCCAAGUCAGUAUAAGAAACGAAGGGUGCUUAUUCCACGCACAUGUUCACCGGUCGGAACCGAUCUAAUAAGGCCAAUAUACUCUGUAGUUCGCAAUACAUAGGCACAUGUAUUUGCAGUACUCUGCGUGGAAGGUACGAAUAAGGACCAUAUACAUGCAUGCGAUCCAGAAGGGCGACCCACUCAUAUGCUAAUCCUCAUGAUGCCAAGAAAACGAACUACGUGUAUCUCUCUGCACCAAGAGGACUUCAGUGACUGCACAUUUAUAUAUACGUACAUACUAACCUUGCGAAACCAUAACUAGAGAACAACUUCACACACCCGCACAUUUCUCUGCGACCUGUUAUCUGAGUUGUGAGUAAAAGAGAGUCAUAAUAAGCGGAUCAACUCCUGAGAAGCUAGAGAAGGAGUAUGCCGGAGUGUUGUAACUAGAAUAGCCGGACUGGUUCUCUAUGCCGGAUGAUGCAAGAUUGUUGGGGACUGCCCUGACUCCAGAUGGCCGGCUAUUUACGAACAAGACAGAAUGAAAACUCAGUGCGCCGGAGAAACCUGAUGACAGCAACCCCGACCGCCGGAGAAGAAGAGCCUUUCGCCAUGCCGCCAAUCGCCUGAGGGUCUGCCGCCGUGUAUUGCCGGAGGGGGAAAACCGUCUGGGCUAGCUUCCGUCACCGAGGAGAGUGCCGCCGAUCUCCCUGCGUCGCCAGAACUGUUUUACGAAGAAGACGGCGACUCCCUGCAUAGAAGGUGAUUUUUGUGAAGAUUGAGGUAGAAGCUUCGUUUAGGAUUUACCGCAAUUUGAGGUAAGUACUAUGUCAACCAAAUUUCAUGCUUUUCCCAUAUAAAUAUAUUUGUGACUAGUUAUUUGAGAUCAUUUGAGUAUAUGAUAGUUAAUGAGAUUUUACGUAUCAAUUGUGAUUGUGAAUUAUAUAUAUUUGAGAUUUGCGUAUUUUAUAUUGGGUGAUAUUUUGAGCAUUUGAAUUUACAUUUGAAUUUACAUAUGAAUUGUUAUUUGAUUGAGAUUUGAAAUUUGAGCUAUUUAUGAAGUAUCCUAUAUUUUGGACUAUUUAUGGUAUAUUUGAGUAUGAUGAGUUGGAGUUAAUAAUUUUAUUGUGAAUAAUUUUGUGGAAUUCGGAUUUCAUAUCCAUUUUGAUUGAGGUUAUGAUACUUGAACUUUGAGGUUGAAUUAUGAUUUUGUGAGUACUCGGAGAAAUGUGGAUUUGGUGAGUGGUAAUGACUAUAAGUCUAAUUCCACCAGAGAUCUCCCAAAAGCGGAGCAUCCCAGCUUAAUUGUAGUAGUCGGUAGAAAAAUCCCGACUACUCGGACUUUUUACUACCCGGAGAGCUUGGAAUCUCUUUUAGGGGGUGUGCACACUUAAGGUAGGAGUUCGGCUUCCAUUGAAUUUGGUUGAGUUUGAAUGAUUGAUCUUGAGAUGAUUUGGAUUAUUUGGUUGGACUUGAUGGAGAUGAAUUGAAUUACAUUAUAUUGGAUUAUUUGAGUGAGUUAUAUUUGUUUGGAUUGGAUUGAAUUUGAUGUGGUUGAGAUCAUUAAAUUAUUUGUAGGUUUUCAAAGUAAUACUUAUUAAUUUGAUUUGAUAUGGUUACGUUGAAUAUUGAUUAUGAGUAUUAUUUGGAAGUAUUUUGAGAUGAAUAUUUGGGCUUUACAUAUGAUUUAUGUUUUGGAAUAUAAUUACGAGGAUUUUGGUGGUUUACGUAUAUUGACCUUUUAGAAUUAUUAUGAUUUGGAAAUAUGUACCUAUUUUUGGAAUAUUAUUAUUUUACAUGCGAUUUUGUGAUGAGAAGUUUGUAUAAAAUGUUUUAUGAGGUUUCCUCCCAAAUGUUUUCACAAAAUGAUAUAUAUGUAUCAAACAUGAUUAUUUUACAGGGUUGGGUGGGCCUUACUUAGCAUUUCCAGCUAAUUUUUGUUUCUUUGUGUUUUUCUUUCUGUACUUUAUUUGUGCAGGAAUUGAGGAUCAUAUUGAAGUUGAUUUCGAGAGCUUCCGCUAGAACACAUAGACUAAAGUGAUCGAGUAAUUUAUUUUAGUCUUAAUUUUAAAGAAUUGUAGUUGAACAAUUAAAUAUGGAAAAUUUUAAUUUGUUGGUGGUGGAUAGCCUGUGCACCCGGUUAUGUGAGAGCCGAGUGUGGCGGUAACGCCCCUGUUUCCCUUUAAAUUUUCCGCUGCAAGACUCUGAUGUUUUCGAAUAAAUCAUUAUUUACUUUGAAUAAAU